UUUCUCCACGUAAUUCCCCCGAUGGAAGACCAGCUGGUUCUGCUCUUUGUGCUGAAGAGUCGCUUGGAGAGGUGGUGAAUGAGUGAAGACACGCUCGGUGAUGGUUCAAACGUGGGAAUCGCCCCGGCUGUGGUUGCUGCUGAUGCUGCCCAGGGAAAAUGCCUUGACAAGGAAUUAACACCAUUCAGUGAUGGGCUGUGGGACAAGCAAAGUGCUUCCCGAGCCCCCCAAAGAUGUGCAGCUAGACCUGGUUAAAAAAGUCGAGCCCUACACAGGCCACAAUGACAUAUACAAGCAUUUCAUCAAAGAUGACUGUGGCACUGUCAUCAAAGCUGGUUCUCCCUCACCUCUCCAUCACACCAACCCGUAUCCUGGGAACCACCUGCCUGCCCACGUGGACCAGCCCGAGCCCCGCAAGAACAAAGUGGCUAAGUACCGCGCCAAAUUUGACCCCAGAGUGACGGCCAAGUAUGACAUUAAAGCCCUGAUUGGAAGAGGGAGUUUUAGCCGCGUGGUACGGGUGGAACACAAGGCAACCAAGCAGCCCUACGCGAUCAAGAUGAUCGAGACCAAAUACCGGGAGGGGAGGGAGGUGUGCGAGUCAGAGCUCAGCGUGCUGCGGCGCGUUCGCCACACCAAUAUCAUCCAGCUUAUCGAGGUGUUCGAGACCCAGGACCGUGUGUACAUGGUGAUGGAGCUGGCGACCGGCGGGGAACUGUUCGAUCGCAUCAUCGCUAAAGGUUCCUUCACGGAGAGGGACGCGACGCGCGUGCUGCAGAUGGUGUUAGAUGGCGUGAAGUACUUACAUACGCUGGGCAUCACGCACCGGGACUUAAAACCGGAGAAUCUGCUCUACUACCAUCCCGGAACGGAUUCCAAAAUCAUGAUCACGGACUUUGGGCUGGCAAGCGCUCGGAAGAAGGGAGACGACUGCCUGAUGAAAACCACGUGUGGGACCCCGGAGUACAUUGCUCCCGAGAUCCUGGUCAGGAAGCCGUACACGAACUCUGUGGACAUGUGGGCGCUGGGCGUCAUCUCCUACAUUCUCCUGAGCGGCACGAUGCCCUUUGAAGACGACAACCGCACUCGCUUGUACCGGCAGAUCCUGAAAGGGAAAUACAGUUACUCAGGCGAG